AUGGUCCGCCUCUUGCUCUCCAUAAAAGCCGACCUCGAGAAUGUCACGGAUCUCAUCCCUGCCUCCGACUCCUUCGAGUACUUCUUCGAGGUUAAAUGCACCAGCUGUAACGAGGUCCAUCCCAAAUACGUAUCCCUAAACCGUCUGGAAGAGAAGAACGUAGCGGGAGGGAAAGGUAGCACUGCUAACUUUGUGUGGCGAUGUGGUCUCUGUAAACGGGAAAGCUCGGCCAAGUUCGAGCCCGCCAAUCCACCCCAGCCCUACACGGCUGAUUCUUCUGGCCAAUUCGCGCCUCUGGUUACGAUCGACUGUCGCGGUCUCGAGUUCACCAACUUUGAUCCUAGGGGGACAUGGAAGUGUGUCGGGGCGGAGUCGGGUACCGUCUUUAAUGAAGUCGAGCUUGAGGGCGGUGAAUGGGUCGAUUAUGACGAAAAGGCAUCGCUUCCGGUCAGCGUUAUGAAAUUUGAAAGCAAAUGGGGAAGAGCAUGA